CUUUUUCAAACAAAUGAGCGAGCUGCAGUUGACUCGACUCAUUUCCUGCAUCCUCUCACUGGCAGUGUCAACCCGGGCGUUGCACCGUGCGCUAAACUUCAGGAUGGACUUAGACUUUAAGGAUGCCUUUUGGGGAGGAAACUUUAUCAGUACCGCUGGCUACGAGGCCAUCAUCCAGAGGCUGAACGACGGUCGGCGGACGUGCAAAGACAUGGAAGACUUGUUGAAAAUGAGGGCGUCAGCGGAGGAGAAGUAUGGUAAGGAGUUGGUCGCCAUCUCACGCAAGGUUGGGGGUUUCUACGAGAUCUGCACGCUGAGAACAUCCAUUGAUGAGAUGAAAACACAAAUGGAAAGAAUUGGCAACUUGCACAUUCAGCUGUCUGUCCUGUUGAAGGAAGACGCCAGAAGAAUGGAGCAGUUACGGGAGAACCAGAAGGAGCAGAGAAAAAAGCUGGAAGUCAUCAUGGAGAAAGUCCACAAGACCAAAGUCUCCUUCUACAAGAAAACUAUGGAAUCAGAGCGACACUAUGAGCAACGCUGCAGAGAAGCCGACGAGGCCGAGCAAACAUUCGAUAAGAUGAGCAACUCUUCCACAGUCACUCCCAAGCAAAUGGACAAGCUGAGCAACAAAUCCAGACAAUGCAAAGAAGCUGCAGAGGAGGCCGAGAGACAGUACAUGUCCAACAUUAAUCAGCUGGACAAUAUCCGUCAAGAAUGGGAAUCAACGCACAGCAACAUGUGCGAGAUGUUUCAGCAGCAGGAAGAGGAGCGUCUGCAAGUCCUGAGGAACGAGUUGUGGGUGCACUGUAAUCAUUUGUCCAUGCUGUGUGUGAAGGACGAUGAGUGUUACGAGAAUGUGAGGAAAAUCCUGGAGAAGUGUGACAUCUUCAUAGACAUGAACAGCUUUGUUGGACUCAAAGGCACCGGCUCAACCCGUCCAGCGGCCAUUGAAUACCAAAAGUACGAGAGGGAGGCUACAGGUGCCAGAAAUGGAAGCACGGGACUUGUUGGCGAAGUCAUGAAAAAGUUUUCAAAUCUUCUUCAAGGGACCGCUCUGUCUGGCUCCACUAUGAACAUACAUGACGACCCAGGUGAAACACUAGAUGGACUUUACGCCGACAUCCCUGUGAUUCAGGUGUCCCAGAAGAGUGGGCAGUACAGGGCGCAGUACGAUUACGUGGCCCAGAGAGAUGAUGAGCUCUCCAUGUCUGUGGGCGACAUUGUGCUGGUCAAACACCAGGGUGAAGACGGCUGGUGGACGGUGCAGAUCUGCGGCCAAACUGGGCUGGUCCCAGGCUCCUACCUUGCCGAAGAAUGACUUUUUUCACAAUGGCACUAAAACAUAAUUAUUUGUAAAUAUUUUUAAAAUAUCACAUCGACAAAGAAUCUUUUGUAUGCAAGCUGAUUUUCUAUGGAAUUCCCUGGACGAAAAAACUGAAUAAAUUCACGUAACUUCAAACUCUCCCCUGAUAUUUUAUUUACAUUCAUAGGUCUCAAACACUACAUUCAAUGGAUCUACUAAAACUACAAUCAAGGGAAAGUCUAAGGAGAAUGCUAACUUAAAUAGUGUGAUAUACAAAUUAAAAAUCUAACUUAUGUACAAUAUUGAGGUUUGCAUACAGUAAUAAGCAGGUGAUAGAGUUAAUGUUUGGAGUAAACAAACAAGAGCUGGUGAUAGCCUUCAGCCCAAAAGGAGCAAUACGGUACAGUACCAAGAAUCAUGUUAGUAGUCUUACAGUCUGGCGCACACAGUGCCACAAUCAAAAGGAACCCCGACUGUACCAGUCUUCUGUACAGUACAUUUUGGUUCGCUUAUAACAUUCAUGAAAUCAUUCCUUGCCACCAUUUAAGGAUUUGGGUAACA